UGGCCGCCGCUCACUUCCGGUUCCGGCGCUCUGUGGCGGAGCUCGGUGGGCACCGGUGUCGCUCCGGGCCGUCCGUGUUGAGCCGGUUGUGCCGUGUCCCCCCCCGGUGUCCUCACCCCCAAUCCGGCCCCUUCGUGCGGGCAGCGAUGAUCGAAGUCGUCUGCAACGACCGCUUGGGCAAGAAGGUGCGGGUGAAAUGCAACACCGAGGACUCCAUCCGCGACCUCAAGAAGCUGAUCGCGGCGCAGACCGGCACCCGCUGGGACAAGAUCGUGCUCAAGAAGUGGUACACCAUCUUCAAGGAUCACGUCACGCUGGGCGACUAUGAGAUCCAUGAUGGCAUGAACCUGGAGCUCUACUACCAGUAGCGGCUGCCGUUCCCUGCUCUCUUCCCCGCUGGAUCCCAAACCCCCCUUUCUCCUUCCCCAGGCUCUGAACCUGAUGGAGCUGCCCUGGAGCGUUUAAGUGGUUUCUAAUAAAUGUGUUUUUCGGGUC